GAAGCAUCAGACGCAAAGGCCUCCAUUAGCAAAAGCACUUACCCAACUUCACGUCUCCUUCCCAAUCUUUUCUUAUUAUUUGAUACAAUUUAACAAGCAAACUCUCACACGGAGAGAAAGAAGCAGAAGAAAACAAAACACCUAAAAAAUAAAUAAAAAAAAUAAAAAAUAAAAACCCCAAAAGCUUUCCCCUGUCUUCGGUUUCUCCUCUCUGCUUUCAAUUAAUCGCAGAGCCAUUUGUGUUUACAGGACCAUUGCCCUUCAGCUUCUUCCCCAUUUUUCACCUCCACACCUCUCUUCCCCUUGCCCUUUUUCUCUGACCGUCCCAAUCCGUUUCGAAUUGGGUGUCCUUUUCGAAAAGUAUCUUUCCUGUGUUCCAGUAAAUUUCAUUGAUUUCGACUCUUCUGAGGAUACUGCUUCGUGGGUCGGACGUAAAGAUACCUUCUUUAACUUUAUCGUGUUGUUUUUCGAUUUGGGUUUUGUUUGUUUAGCCCAAAAGAAAGAGUAAAUAUGUUGGAGUUUUGUUCAAUUUUUAAUUAUGUGCAUAAACAUGGUUUUGUACUUUUUCUUGUCGAGUUUUCGCAUUUGGGUUUCUGGGUUUUGUUUGAUUUGUUUGUUAGACUGUUAUUUUCUCGGCGAAUUGACUUGUGGUCAAGCUUAAUGAUCAGGUUUAUUCCGAUUUUCGGAUAUGAUUUUACUUUGUUGCACAAAAGUCUGGAACUUUCCCGGAAAGUAAACAGCCGAAGUAUAUUGCUUUAUGUAGGAUAAAAAACAAAGUGGUUGCUAGGCCUACGGGAUUUUGUGUUACAUUGCACUGGAGAGGUUCCGUGAGCGUUUCUCGCGGUUGCGCUGUGUUACUUUUACUCAACUAGAUAGUGAAACUAGAGGCCAUUUUCUAAGUUUGGUUUGUUUGGCGUAUUUAUAUACUUUUUAGUUUCUUUUCAAUCAGAAAAAAACUUGGGUUUAGCUGAUCAGUUUAGUGUGCUGGAGACAGUGCAUGGUUGGUUUCAGUUGUAAUUUGAUCCUCGUUAAACUGUCAUUCCAAUGUGAUGAUAAUCUGAUUGAGGUGCUUCGGUUUUGGUGGGAGGGCUUAUUAAUUUUGUUACUGCAUUGUAUAGUUUUCCCUCUUUCACCUAUGUUGAAGUUUGUCUACAACUUACGUGCCGGUAAAAGGACUUAUUUUAUGCUUUUUAUUGCUUACAGAACCCUGCUUAACAGGUAUAGUGGUUUGUGGAAUGGACUGGCUGUAUCUGUCAAUUGUCAGCCUUUGCGAAUGAUGUUCGGUAGGUUGAAGGGUGUGACGUCUCUUGGCAUUUUAAAGUGGAAAGGCGAUUCAUCUUUGACAUCAGCAUUGCUUAGGGAUGUGGCUCCUGAGGUUGAAUUAUCUGAAUAUGGUAGGGCACCGAGUCCUGGCAGUGAGAGCCCUUCAGGGCUUCUUAAUGGUGAGAGUAUAAAUGUGGAACCAAUUGCUGAUUUGGACCUGUUCUUUGAAAGGCUCUACAGCUACUACUGUGAGAAAGGACUUUGGUGUAUUAUUAUAAAGUGGAUAGUUGAACUUCUGAGCUUGGGCUUCACUAUAUUGUUCUCAGGAUUCUUCUUAUUAAAAGUUGAUUGGAAUGGUCUUCGUAAUGCAAAAUGUGGGAUGGAUGCAUUCGAAUCUGGAAUUAAGCCCUGUGACCUUGCUAAGGAAGCCCUUCAUCAGCACCCAUUAACCCCUCUAACUCUUUCCAAAGCUAUCAUUGUUGGAUAUUUGGGCAUAUUUUCCAUUUAUUUGGUCUUCUGUUUUUUGAGGUUUUUCUCUCAGUUAAGGGAUACUUUGGGUGUCCGUCACUUCUAUCACAACAGUCUCCAUGUCACAGACAAUGAAAUUCAGACCAUGCCAUGGGCAUCAAUUCUUGAAAAGGUUGUUCAGCUGCAAAGAUCGCAGCAGCUCUGUGUGGUCAAAGAUCUUUCUGCUCAUGAUGUGGUUAUGCGAUUGAUGCGGAAGGAGAACUACUUGAUUGGAAUGCUUAACAAGGGAGUGCUUGCUUUCCCGAUUUCGCAGUGGGUUCCAGGUGCUGGUCCAACUGUCAAGUUUGGCUCAGAUGGAAAGCAAGAACGAUUAAUACUGACAAAAACCCUUGAGUGGACCUUAAAUUGGUGCAUUCUGCAGAGCAUGUUUGAUAGAAAUUUCUGUGUUACAAGGGAUUUUAUAUCUAAUCCAAGAACGUUAAAGAAAAGGCUCAUGGUAGUUGGGUUCGUAAUGCUUCUCCUUUCACCAUUUCUUGUCAUAUUCAUGCUGGUAUAUCUCUUCCUGAGGCAUGCAGAACAGUUUUAUAACCAUCCAAGCACAGCAUCAUCUCGAAGGUGGUCAAAUUUGUCAAGGUGGAUGUUUAGGGAAUUUAAUGAGGUGGAGCAUUUGUUUAAACACCGAAUCACUAGCAGUGUAGUGCAUGCUUCUGAUUAUCUGAAGCAAUUUCCGUCUCCUAUUAUUUCUAUAAUAGCGAAAUUCAUCUCUUUUGUUUCUGGUGGCUUUGCUGCUAUUCUAAUCAUCAUUGCAUUUCUGGAGGAAUCUCUGCUAGAGGGCCAUAUAUUUGGACGCAACUUGUUCUGGUAUGCUGCUGUUUUUGGAGCUAUAACAGCUAUCAGCAGGGCUGCCAUUGCCAAUGAGCUGCUGGUCCUUGAUCCAGAGGUGGCAAUGUCUAUGGUGGUACAAUAUACACAUUAUAUGCCGAAGACAUGGCGUGGCAAAGAGAAUACGGGAAGGGUUCGGGUAGAGUUUGAAACCCUGUUUCAGUAUACUGGAAUGAUGUUACUUGAGGAGAUGGCCUCAAUCUUCCUUGCUCCAUAUUUACUUAUAUUUGUUGUCCCGAAGAGGGUGGAUGACAUAUUACAGUUUAUUGCAGACUUCACGGUAGAUGUUGAAGGUGUUGGUCAUGUAUGUAGUUUUAGCACCUUCGACUUCCAAAAACAUGGUAAUAGCAAUUACGGGUCUCCUUACAAUGUACCUCGCUCCCAGAGGAGUUCUCAGGGGAAAAUGGAGAAAUCGUUUUUGAGCUUCAAGAGCAACUAUCCAUCAUGGGACCCCAAUACUCAAGGAAGUCAGUUUGUAAAACAACUGAGAACUUUCCGGGAGCAAAAGUUGCAGGGACAAGGAACUAGACACACAUAUUCUCCUCCAAGAGGCUUUAGCGACAGGAACUUUUUAUCACGGGAAAGGCCAACCCCUGGAACUGGCUAUCACAUGGGGUCACUGUGGUUAAUUGAUGCGGAUCAAAAGAAUCACCCCUAUCUCCUUGAUUGUUAUUACACCUCUCGGCCACACCAUACGGCAAGUUACACUGGGGACAUUCCAGAAGAACCAUUUGAAGCUACUGAGCAACAUUCUGCUGAUUGGAAUCCAACCAGCUGUCUAGAUAAUCAACUGAAAUUUGAAGAUCUUUGGGCUCAACACUAUGAUGAUCGUUCACAGUCUAAUAUGGGGGCUUCUACUUCGGCACCUUUCCACCGAGAGAGUGUACUUCAGCAUCCUGAUGCGGGUACUUCUGCACAUCCAAUGCAGAGUCAUUGGUGGGCUAGAACUGGCCGACAUGAUACACAGCCCCAGUCAAGUUUUCUCGAGCCUCCAGAUUUCGCCCAACACGGCAAACAGCCCCAGUCAAGCUUUCUCGAUCCUCCAAACUUCAUGUGUCAGCCGUCAGAUGAUUAUCACGGAAACUUCUCAGGAAGAAGCUUCAAGGAACGUGAACAAGAAGAAGAACUGGAACAAGAACAAGAACAACUGUUGGAUUGGAGGAACUAUCACAGUUUGUCCCAAACAAGGUAUGUGGAUGACCUAGACUUAGAGGCAGGAGAGUUUAAUCUUCAUUUCGAUGAUGUGUAUAGUACUAGACCUCCAGAAACUCUGGAAAUAAAGCCAUAGCCACCCCCAAGCUUUUAGUGAUAUAGAUUUGUUCCCCUCUGGUUUUUUCAAGAGGUUCUUGCUUAAGUAAUUUGGGUGGUUUUGCAGCUACUGUGGAAUGUGAUUAACGUUAAGUACUCGUUAAACGAAUCUGUGUAUUCUUUGUUGUAUAUAAAUUCAACCGAUUCUUGAUUAGGCCAA